AUGCCAUCUGCGCAAAUGCCCGACAUUUCGAGAGCUGCGACCGACGUCCGUACCUUUGCUCGGGGGCUCCUCUUUAGGAGUCAUCGUCUAUUGCUGGCUCCCGCCAGCCGACAGGAUGCCACCACUUGCAUCGUGCAGCCCUUUUCAGCCUGGUAUGUAACCACCUACCUAGGUAUCUACCUUAUGGGGGAGCGAGGAGCCGCCCGCCCUGAAGAUGAUGGGCGUGCCGUGCCGGCUCUUGUCAAGACUACGAUGCCGGAUCAAUUCCAAACGAGCAGCACGGGGAGCAGGAGCCUAAAAGAAAAGUUUCUGGCACGACUUUGCAAUGUUGGAGGCAACGAGCAACGAGUUGGGAGCGCUUCUACGCCCACGCCCCCCGGCGACUUGACAAAGGGCCGCCCAAAGGGGCAGCUUGAACACGGCCGGCAACCCGUUGCUCUCACCCCCCCCUUCCGGUUAUUUCUUGAUACUGAUUCGUUACAUUUCAUUACUCACAACCCCUACCUUGGACACUUUGUCGAAACCUCUCGAAUCCCAUCAUUUCGCUACGACUUGCAAAUUGGAACCGGAUCCAUACUUCCGAACACCCGGGCAAAAGUCGCGACCCGAGGCGAACUUGAAGAAGAAGCUUCGCUAGUUGCAACUUAUUCAUACCAGAUAGGCCCUUGGCUCCAACCGCCCUUGGCUCCAACCGCCCUCGGCCCCAGGCUAUUGCCACAGAUUGCCAGCCCGGCUGUGCUUACUCGCGUAGCAAAGUACAAUCGGCUCACAAGCCAGAAGAAGCACAAGCCAGAGACGUCUCCGGGCGCAACAGACAUGCCAACAGCAACCAUGUACGGUUCAUUUGGCUCCUACAGCUCCAUGGGCAUCGGCUCAUUACCCAUGAGCAGCACCAGCAGCGUCACAUCCCGCGACGAGUCGUGCGCCUUUCCGUCGUGGCCGCGCCGCGCCUCGCUCAGCUCUCCCUCGUCCUCGUCCUCCUCCUCGACCGCCUACGAACCCCGGGCCAGCGCGUAUCUCUCCGACGACGACCUGUUCCUGUCCGACGAGCCCAGCGGCUCCGAGAGCGGCGACGACGUGUGCUGCCGCAGCAGCGUGGCCAGCGUCAGCGCCUCGCCGCCCUUGGUCAGCGUCGAUCUCGUCUCGCCGCUCCGCUCGCCCCCCAGCGAGGCCGAGAUGCUCGACGCGCAGCGCCAGCGCAGCAACAUGCGCAAGGACCUGAUCCGCAUGGUGCAGCAGGAAAAGGAGCGCCGCAAGCAGCAGGCCAGCAAGAGCCGUCGCGCAGCGGCCUCGAAGAAGAGCAGCCGCCCCUACGCCAUGGCACCCAUCACCGAGGCCGAAGAAUGA